CUACUGUACGAGGCCUAUGCGCUGACACUGCACCCCUCCCCCCUCUCUCCUGUUAAAAGCAUGUGCAUCUUUAGAGCCUUGUGUGCGUUUGUUUAUGCUGAGAGUGACGAAUGCCUGUCCACAACCAUUUCAACUGUGGCACUGAAAAACAUGGCAUAUAUAUCCUCAUCUGUUACGGAAUUUUCUUAUUCUGAUACGGAGAUGGAAUCAGCCUUCACUUCUGCUUGUUCUAUAGGUACAGUUUAG